AAUACUGCUGUCAGGGCGUAGUGCCGAAGUGGUCCCUUACAGUUCUCGUACUAGACUUUAGGUUAGUUGCCAAUUGCCCGUCGACCGUUUACACAUUUGUUGACAAGUCUGUUCAUCUCUACGCCCACAUUCACCCUUCGUUAAAAUGUCGGACAGCGCCAAUGGGAAUAGCCAAGUGGACAUCCCAGAAAUCGAGCUCAUCAUCAAAGCGUCCACGAUAGAUGGCCGCCGCAAAGGAGCUUGCCUGUUUUGUCAGGAGUACUUCAUGGAUUUAUAUCUUCUGGCUGAACUGAAAACCAUCAGCUUAAAAGUGACAACAGUUGACAUGCUGAAACCCCCACCCGACUUCCGAACCAAUUUUGAAGCCACCCCACCUCCAAUCCUGAUCGACGGAGGCUUGGCUGUUCUGGAAAAUGAGAAGAUUGAAAGACACAUUAUGAAAAAUGUUCCAGGCGGUCACAAUCUAUUCGUUCAAGACAAGGACGUUGCAACCCGCAUCGAAAACGUUUAUAGCAAAUUCAAGUUAAUGCUGUUGAAGAAAGAGGAAGCGUCAAAGAACGCACUGCUUUCUCAAUUGAGUAAAAUCGAUGAGCACUUAGGCAAACGGGGCAAUCGGUUCUUAACCGGAGACACACUUUGUUGUUUUGAUUGCGAACUAAUGCCUCGUUUGCAACAUAUUCGAGUUGCAGGAAAGUACUUCAUGGAGUUUGAUAUCCCGACUGAUUUGGUUAACCUGUGGCGCUACAUGCAUCACAUGUAUCAUUUGGAUGCGUUCACGCAGUCUUGCCCUGCCGACCAGGAUAUCAUCAACCAUUACAAGCUGCAACAGGGGACAAAGAUGAAGAAACACGAGGAAUUGGAAACCCCAACUUACACUACGUCCAUUCCUGAUAACAUUCGGCCGUGAUUUUAGAAAUCCUGAAAGGUGCUCGUGCUUAUGUUUGGCCAAGGACUAGACGAUGAUAACUAUUAAAAGAAAAAAUACUAACAUGUGUGUACAACUUUUUUAAUGAGAAAAGUUAGAUACGCAUAGUCGAGUUCAGAAACAUGUAGAGGGGAUCCUAUCUGUGCACAGAGAAAAACUGUCGUUUCCUUUGAAAGCAACCGGUGGCGUUGUUUCAUAUUGUUACCUUCGCCCUCUUAUCUGUCGUAGCUUUAAAAUCGGCAAAGUAUAGUUUUUCGCUGUGCAACUAAAAGGACCCACCUUGACAUGUUUUCGUACUGGACUGUACCAACCAGUGUUUUCAGAACUAUCAGAUUUAACGCUCUUCAUGUGCCUUUAUUUCAUUAGAUUAAUUUUUUGAACCUUACUUUAGUUCUUCAAAAACAAUAUUAGUUACAGUUCUGUUGGGACCUUGAAAUUCUUUCCUUGUUUUAUUUUUUGUCGUUAAUUGGGGUUCCUAUUUAUUUCAAAAAAAAUUUUUUGGUUCAUUCGUUCUAAAAUAUUGUUCUUCUGCUAAAUAAGUCUCCAAAUGUGGUACAUGAUUGUGUAACAAAAACAUUACAAUACGCACUAACAAAGUCACCUAUGCCUUUACAAAUACCACGUUCGCUGCGCUGGAAGGAUAAAAAUGUUCAGUUUCGUUUCUAA